CGUCUGAGGGAAACAACAGUGUUUUCUUGUAAUCUUCAUGUCUUUUGUCACUUAUGCCGGUGUUUACGUCACAUUUAAAACGUGACAUCACAGUGACAGAUGGAUUAAUUUUGAAAUCGGAUAUUUAAUGUUGGCUAAAUAAACUGCAGAUUUCAGGAUCCACCUUAAACAGUAGGUAGGUUCCGUGUAGCUGCAGCCUGAAGAGAAAACCAGUAACAAACUGGUUCGCUACAGACACCUGCUGGGUUCUGUGGCUCACCAUGAAUUUCUCUGAAGCAAAAUCAGAGCUGAAGCAGCUGCUGAGCAGCGUGAGUCCGUCCGAGCUCCCGAAGCUGCUGGACUGGAUCAGAAACUCAGAUGAGCUGGACCACCUGCUGGCAGACAACAGGAGGGUGAUGCUGCGGAGCAUUGCAGACGACCUGAGAGCGCGUCUGCCUCUGGACGCCAUGCUUCCCUCUGAGACUGCCGCCCUCCACAAGAUGCAGCAGCGGUCUCGGCCGACGGUUCACGUGGAUGGCUUCCUGUACGAUGACGAGCAGGUGGACGCUCUGUGCGAGGAGGGAGUCAUGAGCCGCACCUACUGCCUCAACUGUGGGUCCUCCAGGACCGCCCCUCUGGACUUCAUCUCUCACUCGUUCUCAGCGUCAGAGCUUCAGUUUCUUUUCCAGAAUGUUCUCCCAGACCUGAGUGGUCGGACAUUGGUGGACGUCGGAUCCAGACUGGGAGCUGUGCUUUAUGGGGGCUACGUGUACAGCUCCGCCUCUCAGCUGAUCGGCCUGGAGCUGAACGAGGAGUUUGUCCGACUGCAGAACGACGUCCUGGACAGAUACAGACUGAAGGACAGAGUUCAGGUUCUCCAUGCAGACGUCUGCACGCAGGACGCUCUGCUGCACAGCACCGACAUCCUGGUCAUGAACAACGUGUUUGAGUACUUCAUGGAGCCCAGCGAGCAAGUCAGAGCAUGGAGGUUCAUCAUGCAGAACCUGAGGAAGAGAGGGUCUCUGCUGGUGACUGUUCCCAGUCUGCAGGAGAGUCUGAGCGCUCUGCAGCAGGUGGCACUGCAGCCCGGCUGGGUAGAGGAACUUCCUGUGAACUGCGACAUUUACCUGGGCAGAGAGGCAGACCCUGACGCCCUCAGACAGAUCCACCUGUAUCAGGUCAUGUGAAGCCAUCUAGAGUCAUCUGGACUGGACUUAACUGGACUGCUUGAAACUGGUCUCCAUUGGUACCACCUGGGACAAACUAGUUUGUACUGGUUUGACUUUAUAAAUGAAAAAAAAUCUUCAUUUUCACUUCCAUUUAGGACAAACCUUAUUCUGGACACUAAGAGAAAAAUGGUGCAUAUGAAUCACUCUUUUUGUAAUCAUUUCUCA